AUGGAGAAGGCCAGAGAGGAGGGUCGUGACCUGUUCUUGUCUCGCUCCUUCUCUUCCUCAGUUGAGCGCUUCGAGAUGGCAAACAGGGAAUCGCCACUGACCAGUGCUCUACAGCUGAAACCAAAAGCUGACCUUGAACAUCCGUUAACUUACAGCCUACAGCGGAACUACAGACAGGAAAGACCAAACCCACAGACAGCUCUAGCAGUGCUUGGCUUCCAACUAGCCACAGACAGCUCUAGUGCACUUUCUGCAUUUUUCUGCCCCGAUGUAUUGGUUCGUGACUUGUUUUCCUGUGUCCCAUAA